AUGAGCUCCGAGAUCAAGAAAACCAUUGCCAUUGUCGGUUCAACCGGCGUACAAGGCUCCUCAGUAGCUCGAAAAUUCCUCACUCUACCCAACUGGAACGUCCGAUGCCUCACCCGCAACCCAUCCUCCGAAAAGGCACAAAAGCUCGCCAAACGAGGCGGUGAUAUAGUCCAAGCAGAUCUCGACGACAAAGAGUCUCUACGCCUCGCAUUCACCGGUGCACAUGCCAUCUUCCUCAACACCGAUUUCUGGCAACCCUAUCGCGCAGCACUGGCCACAGGCGCCGACCACCUGAGCAGUGCCCAACAGGGCUACGAAGCAGAAAUCCUGCAUGGGAAGAAUGCAGCCGAUGUCGCCGCAACUAUUCCCACACUUGAAAGACUCGUCUACUCUGCCUUGGGUCCCAUGAAAGCGGCGUCGGGUGGAAAAUACUCGCUCUCCUACCACUGGGAGACCAAGGCACACAUUGCCGAGUACAUAGAGACCGAGACGCCUGAUCUGGCGGCGAGCACCUCUUUCAUCUACAUCGGUGCUUAUAUCACCAAUCCACUCCUGUAUCCCACGUUCCAGCGAGAAACGGGGGAAUUCGUUUCUAUCUUGCCUUCGAGGAAGCAGAUGCGGAUUCCUGUCAUCGAUACCGCUCGGUCGACAGGUCCGUUUGUCAGGGCUUUGGUGGAGGACGAGGCGCCGGGAAUGAAACUGCUGGCGUAUGAUGAUUAUCCUUCGAUUGAGGAGAUUAUGGGAGUGUGGAGCCGAGCUCUUGGGAAAGAGGUCAAUGUCAUCGAAAUGACCCUUCAGGAGAUGCAUGAAAAGACAGGUAUCCCACUUGAGGUCCUCGGUGGUCCUGCGUUCAUUGAUGAGUUUGGUUAUUGUGCUGGUCUUCGCAAUGUUAUUGAGCCUGCACAGUUGAAGGCUCAUGUGCAAGGUCCAGGGUUUGAAGAGUGGCUUAAAGGACGGGAUGCUAUGGCUCUGCUUGGAUUGAAGGAGUCCAACAACUGGGAUGGUCUUAUUCAAUGA